GAGCAUUAUUGAUAUCUAGUAAAAAAUAAAGUCUUACAAAUAUUUAAAACACGUGGCUCCUGGUUGAUAUCAAGCCCUAUAAUCCUGUCAUUCUCCGAAGCCCUUCAAGCCUUUCUCACAACCUCUAUCACCUCCGAAUAACCCAUCUUCAAUCGCAACCACAUCAACAACAAUGACUCGCAACGCUGCCUUGACCUUCACCCCAACAAUCCACAAGGACAUCUAUCCCGCAAUCAAUCCAACCAUACAGCCCUCUCUUUCCCACUCCGGCCGUAGCAUCCUCGUCACUGGCGCCGGCCGUGGCAUUGGCCGCAGUAUCGCCCUUCGCUACGCCGAAGCUUCUCCCUCCACUCUCAUCCUCGCCGCUCGCACCUCAUCCGAGCUCGAUGUCACAGAAGCCGAGAUCCUGGCCUUGAACCUUACGUCCCCACCGACCAUCGUCAAGCUCGUGCUGGACGUCACUGAUGGAAAAGCCGUCGCCAGAGCCGCCUCAACCAUCAAGAACGACAUCGGCCGCCUGGACGUCCUGAUCAACAACGCCGGCUACAGUCCCGAGUGGGCGCCGAUCGCAGAUGGGGACCCGGAAGACUACUGGCGUACAUGGGAGGUCAAUCUCAAGGGCGUGUAUCUGGUGUUGCACGCCUUCCUCCCUUUGCUGACGGAGACGCAUGAGAAAACGGGGGCGUUGGUGCACGUCCUGAAUGUGUCGUCGAUUGGUGCUAUAGUUUGCAUAGCAGGCGCGAGCGCAUAUGAGACUAGUAAGCUGGCGGUUGUACGGUUGACACAGUUUGUGCAGACCGAGUAUGGAGCCAAGGGUGUCCUGGCGACGAGCGUGCAUCCUGGCGGUGUUUUGACGGAAUUGUCGAGGAACGUCAAGGAGAUUCAGCCGUUUCUCACCGAUAGUCCGAACCUCGCUGGUGGCUUCUUCGUCUGGCUCACCAGCCAGCCGCGUACCUGGCUGGGCGGCCGAUUCGUCAGUGUGGCUUGGGAUGUGGAGGAAUUGGAAUCUAAGAAAGACGAAAUCGUGGAAGGGGAUAAGUUGAAGGCGGACGUUCGCUUUUGAGCAGUGCUUGACUUUGUUGAUGAUAGCAAAAGAAACCACAGAGAAGUAUUGAAUCGAAGUAGUACAGAAGGAUUCCAUCCUGACCAUAUCGCACCUUAC